AUGGAUACGGGUCAUAAUGGCACUAUUGACGUCCACUUUGGUGCCGGAAAUGCUAUCCUUGAUCCUAACGUGAUUGCCGAGCUGCCUGCUGGUUGCAGGGUGAUCUCCUUGGAACGUCAUGGAGCGAGCUUUUGGGCCCAUACCGGCAAGAUUGCAACCACAUCGAGCGACGGCUGCGCCGCAAAUUUCUUCGUCAAGAUUCUGUCUGGCGAAAGCGGCAAGAAGAUGGUACACAGCGAGUUUGAGUCCAUGAAAGCCAUAUAUGCCCUGACGCCGGACUUUGCCCCGAGGCCUAUUGCUUGGGGAAGGUAUGAGUCUCUACCAGAAACGCAUUUCUUCCUGUGCGAGUUUCGCGAGAUGCACGACAUGAUGCCCGAACCCAGUGCGUUUGCCUCUCGCCUCGCGAGACUGCAUCAGACCAGCAAGUCGCCGAACGGCAGGCUUGGCUUCCAUAUGACUACCUAUAGCGGCAAUCUGCCACAGAUGACAGAUUGGGAGACGAGCUGGGAAGUCUUCUUUGCCAAGAACUUGAGAUUUGCACUCGAUCUCGAGGUAGAAGCCAAGGGCCAUGAUCCUGAGUUUGACGAGCUGGUCCCUGCUAUUUUUGACAAGGUCAUACCGCGCCUGCUUCGACCACUCGAGACUGAAGGACGCUCGGUGAAGCCAUGCCUCGUCCACGGGGACCUUUGCUUCUACGCACACAACGAAUACGAAUUCGGCCAGUGGAUGCCAGCUUGCAACAAAUUUGGUGAAGAGUACCUGGCAGCCUACCACUCCGUCGUUCCGAUAUCAGCACCCGAGGAAGACUAUGGAGGAAGGCUCGACUUGUACAAACUGCGAUUCAAUACCCACGUCACUGCUCUCUUCAGAGACAAUGCGAGUUUAAGGGACCAAAUGCUCGGAGACAUGAGAGACCUGGUUCCACGGUACGGCCAGUGA